UGAAGGCCUGGAUGUGGUGUUUAUGGCUCGCCCAUCAAAAGAGGAUUCCCCGUACCUACCCUGUGUGGCUGUGCAAGAGUGAUGACAAAGCUCAGUUCUACACCCUGAGGACUGCCAAGGCUCUGGCCAUGACGGCCCUGGAUGUGCUGCUGCGCCCAGAGCUGCUGCUGAGGGUGAAGCAGGAGAUCACUGAGGCCACACUGAAGGAGGACAGGACGCUGAUGGGAGAGCACACAGAGCAGUCUCUAAAACACUGCUGAUCUCCCCUGCAGUCUCAGGAGGACCUAUUCCUGCUGUUAAAUGGAGCAUCCAGGGUUGAAGAAUACUCUGCUGCAGCUGGGCCUUUUUAUCACAAUUCUUUAAUUUUGACCAUGUGAAUGAAUAUACUGCAGGAUGGAGGAGUGCAGCUGCUGUGGACUCUCUGUUUUACUCUGUGUUUUGAUGUGUUGAUAUUGUUGCCCUGAUAUAAAUGUA